AUGGCAGUCGAAGAGAUGCAGCUCUCCAACGGAGUCAUGGCUGCAGGGCCCAUGGGGGCCAUGCAAGGACCUGCUAUGGGUCUUGGACCUCAACGAAUGAGCUUUGCUAUCCAUGAGAUCCUCGGAUUACAAGGGAAUGCCUACUUGUCGCAUGGAUACUGUCCGCAAGGAUUUUUUCCUCAGCAGAGUUUUACUAUGGACAUUGGUUCAUGCGCGUCUUUCGAAAGACCGCUUUGCGGAUCAGAACAACUUGUUGCGGGUACACAUUCAGCGCAACAGCUUCCAGGAAAUCCAAUGAAUUACAAUAUGCCGGUCUCAGCUUCACAGUCAGUACCCAUGGAUGAAGGUAACAAUCAACAGAGUAGUGGCGGGAAAAGUAAACGCAAAAAACGAAGACAUAGGACGAUCUUUACGCAAUAUCAAAUCGACGAAUUAGAGAAAGCAUUCCAAGAGGCGCACUAUCCAGACGUAUACGCUCGAGAAGUCCUGGCAGUGAAAACGGAACUACCCGAAGAUCGAAUACAGGUGUGGUUCCAGAAUAGAAGAGCAAAAUGGAGGAAAACUGAAAAGACAUGGGGAAAGAGCACUAUAAUGGCAGAAUACGGCCUUUAUGGCGCUAUGGUGCGACAUUCGCUGCCACUUCCUGAAACGAUCACAAAAACUGCUGAAGCCGCUGAUCCUCAACAAAGCGCUGCCCCUUGGUUACUCGGUAUGCACAAGAAGAGCAUGGAGGCAGCCGCUCAUCUUGAGCAAGUGGAGAAGUCCAGUGACAUUAGUGAGAGCGACAGCGAGGAUGGUCCAUCGAGUCGAAGUUCAAUCAACGCGAAUGUGAGGCCUCAGUACCACGAGGAGAAGCUCACCGUCCAACUCGGCCACCAACGACCGCUAAUGGACCAUUAUAUGCAUAACCAUGGAGUUUUCGUCCUGCCCAACCACGCGAAGCUUUACGAGCAAUGA